AUGAAGUUUGUCAUUUUCGCCCUGGUAUACUGUAUUAGUGCCGCUCCUUUGGUUCAAGAACCGCUUCAAACUAAGAAAAAUGUGGAAGGUUUGACGGUUGAAGCUUUUGAUGGAUAUGUUGGAGUGCUGAAAAUGUUUAAGGAUAUGUUACCUGGUGAUUUGAUGAAUACCUUGGAUUCGGUAAGAACUUCCUGGAAACUUCCCUGAUCGUAACGUAAGAGAAAUUUUCAGUUGAACAUGACUCAAAAGGGAGAAUUGGUAACUUUUUUGACUGGAUGGUUUCAAGAUAAGAUCAAGAAACCGACAACAAAAGCCGAGAUCGUUGAAUUGUUCAAAGAUCAUCUGCCAUCGGUUUAUGAGAAAAUCAACUUUUUGAACACAACUUUUUAUGAUAAGUUUAAUGCAUUGAAGCCGGAGACACAAACUCUUUUGAGACAAGUGAGAAUUAGAAAAAAUAAAUAUGCCUUCAGAAGAACAAUUUGUUUCAGUGGAAAGACAAGGCGAUUGAUCUAACAUCGGAAACUAAUUCGGGCGAUUCGGCAUCCAAACAACUUCAAUUGCUCCGCGAUUUUGCGACAAGUGUUCAAAAUAUGGACACAGAAACUCGUGAAGAUCUUCGAACUCAAUUCCCUUCUGCUGUUUCUUUAACUGAAGGUCUUGGUUUCACAGUUUUCACAACAAUUGCAAUGGUUCUUCAAAAAGUUAUCGAAUCUGUUUCGCAAGCUGCGGCUCCAAUUUCUGCGACUGUUGCAAGUGCGGUUGAAUGCGCGAUUCCUUUGGAUAAAUAA